UCCGUGGAGUCCGUGUCUCUGACUAUGUCGGCGCCCGUGUGCAAGCAGUGCCCAUAAUAUAUUUGUCAAGUCCCCAUGGCAGCUUCAAGGUUACCUCCCGCCGCACUGAGUUUAAAACAGUUUUUGGGUCGACAGAAAGUUUUACAGUUAUACCGAAGUAUGCUGCGGACCAUCCGCCAAGUGCCGAAGGAGGAGGACCGCCGGUACCUGCGGAGCUGGGCGAGGGAGGAGUUCAAGAGGAAUAAAGGGGCCACUGAUCCGGAUGCCGUCCGGAUGAUGAUCACACAGGCCAACAUGCACCUGCAGGAUCUGCAGAAGACUCUGGCCCUGGCAGGGAGCUAGCUUGGUCCUGCCUGGGAACCUGCACCGCGGGGCUGUCUGGUACCGUGGUGCUGCGUCGCAUGCACAUUACCAGCGAGCUCAAACCCGUCGCCCGCUGGUUGGCUCCCCGUACCAGAGAUGCUUGUAAAUUAUCCUGGAGCCGAUGUUUUAUCGCAGACUGAAAAGGAACGAUACUUACUGAACACACGUCGCAUUUCUGUGCCAGACCCUGGAGAAGGUGGACUUCCAGAGUCCAUUUGGGCUUUCCAUCAAACGGAGAGUGGUCUAGAUGAAUGUGAUUCAGUGUAAAUGUGUAAAAUUAGGUUAAGAUGGGAUGGCUUAGGGCCAGCAGUUUGCCUAGGUGAGUUAAUGUUUCACUGCUUUUUAAAUGUUUUUCUGUGAUUUGUCUUCUGUUAUUUAAAUAUAAAGAAAGAUGCAGAAACGG